AUGGUUGCCUCUCUGAAACCCUGGCCGCUUGUGAUUGCUGGGACCCUGUGUGUCUUGUUCUGCUUGGGAACCUUUGUCGAGGCUUACCCUCCCAAGCCAGAGAGCCCCGGAGACGACGCUUCCCCUGAAGAAAUGGCCAAAUACUUCUCCGCUCUUCGACAUUACAUUAAUUUGGUGACAAGGCAGAGGUAUGGCAAGAGAGCCAGCCCCGACACCUUGAUGUCAGAGCUUGUUUUUGGAGAUGGCAGCAGCAGGAGCAGCAACAACGACUAUAAUGGCAGAUCGCGACUCGACGAUUCCUAUAUGUGGUGA